CCCAGGUUGCCUGCCGGGAUCAAUCGAUCCGCCCAACCCUAGGCUUCUGAGUCAUUUCCUCUUUGGGACUGCAUUUCCCAGCGGCCACUACGCCGAGUUAGCGGCCACUUCUGGCAUGCGGGGGUCGUUGUCCUGGUAGGGUGAGGCCCUAAGGUGGAGGAAGAAACCAGUGGCUGCCUGUGCUCAUCAGGACCCCAGCCGGAGGGACUGCCAGUGUGGGUGGGCAGAGAGAGGACCUCAGGACCGGGCGCUGACAGGCACGCGAAGGAGCCUCGGCGGCCCGUGUGCGAGCGUGCAGCGAGGAGGGGGAUUGUGCGAGCGCGAGUGGCGGACGAGGAAUGUGGGAGUCUGUGCUUGGGGGCGCGCCUUGUGCUGCGGUGAGGGGAGAGGGGGCGUGUGGACACUGAGUAGUGCUUUGCUGUGGAGGUGUGUGUGUCAGUGGGACCAUUGGCCCGCUGCUUCCUUCGUCUUCUCUCCCAGCCACGUGGCUGCAGCAGAGCAGUGGCCCCUGUAGGGAGGUCAGAUACUGAGCCUAGAAUGGAAGUUUCCUCAGGAGAGCCCAGACCUGGACCUGGGAUGGGAAUAUUAGAGCUGGAAGUGCCUCUCUGGGGCCCCCACGAGGGCAGCUACUUGCUGAGACCCACCGCAUUCUCCGAGUUCUGUCCCCAGGGACCAGCUUCCAGGGACCAGGGAGACUGAUUCCUCCUUUUACUUCCGCCCCUUUUGGGGCGAAAUAAGGGAGGUGUGGCCCUGGAGUGUGCUUUCAGAUUUAGUCUGCACUCCCAAGAAAAGCCUGGGGUCUCAUGCUUUCCAUCUCCUUCUCCUUCCCCAGAGUCGUUACCAUUAUCCCAAAGAAGGACCCCCAGGAGGAUGAGAGUAUUAUUGCUGUACAUCUAAAGUCAAGGUUUCAGGGAUCUGUGUCAUUCAGGGACGUGGCCAUCAGCUUCUCCCAGGAAGAGUGGGCGUGUCUGGACCCUGCUCAGAGGGCUUUGUACAGGGACGUGAUGUUGGAGAACUAUAGCCACCUGCUCUCACUGGGAAGGUCCAUUUCUAAGCCAGAUGUGAUUACCUUACUGGAGCAAGACAAAGAGCCUUGGGUGGUUGUGAGGAAAGAAACAAGUGGAUGGUACCCAGAUUUGGAGUCAAAUUAUGGAGCUAAGAAGUUAUCUCCAGAAAAUGAUAUUUACGAAAUAAAUUUGCCCAAACAGAGUAUAACGCAAAUAAGUAAAACUCCUGGCCUCAAGGCCUCCAAUUGUAGAAAUGACUCAAAAUGCAGAAAUAGAUUUAGGGGACGACAGAGACAUCAAGAGGGGUAUAUCAGUCAAAAGAUAAUAAGCUAUGAAAAAAUGCAUACUUAUACUCAUCAUAUUUCUCUUAUUCACAAUACAGAUAAGCCAUAUGAAUGUAAGGAGUGUGGGAAGUACUUUAGUCGUGGUUCAAAUCUUAUUCAGCAUCAGAGUAUUCAUACGGGAGAGAAACCCUACAAAUGUAAGGAAUGUGGGAAGGCCUUUAGACUUCUUAUCCAGCUUACUCGCCAUCAGAAAUUUCAUAGUGGUGAAAAACCCUUUAAAUGUAAGCAAUGUGGGAAAGCUUUUAGUUUUCCCACCCAGCUCAAUCGCCAUGAGAACAUUCAUACAGGUGAGAAACCAUUUGAGUGUAAGGAAUGCGGUAAGUCCUUUAAUCGUAGCUCAAACCUUGUUCAACAUCAGAGUAUUCAUACGGGUGCAAAACCCUAUGAAUGUAAAGAGUGUGGGAAAGGCUUUAAUCGUGGUUCAAACCUUAUUCAGCACCAGAAAAUUCAUUCUAGUGAGAAACCCUUUGAAUGUAAAGAAUGUGGGAAGGCCUUUUGUCUUCCAGUAGAGCUUGCUAGACAUCAGAACAUUCAUACUGGUGAGAAACCAUUUACAUGUAAGGAAUGUGGCAAGGCCUUCAGUCGUGGCUCGAAUCUUGUCCAACAUCAGAGUAUUCAUACUGGUGAGAAACCCUACGGAUGUAAGGAGUGUGGAAAGGCUUUUAGACUUCACCUACAACUUUCUCGACAUCAGAAAACGCAUACUGGUGAAAAACCAUUUGAAUGUAAAGAAUGCGGGACAGCCUUCCAAUAUCAGUACCAACUUAUUGAGCAUCAGCGAAUUCACACAGGUGUGAAACCUUAUGAAUGUAAGGAAUGUGGGAAAUUGUUUCGUCGUGGUUCAAACCUCAUUCAACAUCGGAGUGUUCAUACUGGAAAGAAACCUUUUGAAUGUAAGGAGUGUGGGAAGGCCUUUAGACUCCAUAUACAACUUACUCGACAUGAGAAAUUUCAUACCGGUGAGAAGCCCUUUGAAUGUGGAAAAUGUGGAAAAGCCUUUAGUCUCCUCACCCAGCUUCAUCGCCAUGAGAACAUUCAUACAGGUGAGAAACCAUUUGAAUGUAAAGAAUGUGGAAAGUCCUUUAAUCGUGUCUCAAACCUUGUUCAACAUCAGAGUAUUCAUGCUGGCGUGAAACCCUAUGAAUGUAAAGAGUGUGGGAAGGGCUUUAAUCGUGGUUCAAACCUUAUUCAGCAUCAGAAAAUUCAUUCUAGUGAGAAACCCUUUGAGUGUAAGGAGUGCGGGAAGGCCUUUAGGUAUCAUUACCGACUUAUUGAACAUCAUAGAAUGCAUACUGGGGAGAAACCCUUUGAAUGUAAAGAAUGUGGGAAGGCCUUUACUCUUCUGACACAGCUUACUCGACAUCGGAACAUUCACACUGGUGAGAAACCAUUUAAAUGUAAGGAAUGUGGCAAGGCCUUCAAUCGUGGUUCAAAUCUUGUUCAACAUCAGAGUAUUCAUACUGGCGAGAAACCCUACGGAUGCAAGGAGUGUGGAAAGGCUUUUAGACUUCACCUACAACUUUCUCGACAUCAGAAAACGCACACUGGUGAGAAACCGUUUGAAUGUAAGGAAUGUGGGGCAGCCUUUAGACAUCAGUGCCAAGUUAUUGAACAUCAGCGAAUUCAUACAGGUGUGAAACCCUAUGAAUGUAAGGAAUGUGCAAAGAGCUUUAGUCGUGGUACAGACCUUAGAGUACAUCAGAGAAUUCACACUGGUGAGAAACCCUUUGAAUGUAAGGAAUGUGGGAAGGCCUUUCGACAUCAUUAUCAGUUUCUUGGACAUUCCAGAAUUCAUACUGGUGAGAACCCCUAUGAAUGUAAGGAAUGUGGGAAAUGCUUUAUUUGCAGUAGUGAACUUAGAGUACAUCAGAGAAUUCAUACUGGUGAGAAACCAUAUCAGUGUAAGGAAUGUGGGAAGGCCUUCAGUCGUAGCUCAAACCUUAUUCAACAUGUUAAAAUUCAUACUGGUGAGAAGCCCUAUGAAUGUAAGGACUGUGAAAAGGCCUUUAGCAAUAAUUAUGAACUUACUGUACAUCAGAGAACUCAUACUGGUGAGAAACCUUAUGAAUGUAAGGAAUGUGGGAAAACUUUUAGACUUAGUUCAGUCUUUACUGCCCAUCAGAGAAUUCAUACAGGUAUGAAACCCUAUGAAUGUAAAGAAUGUGGAAAGAGCUUUAGUUGUAGCUCAAACCUUAUUCAACAUGAGAGGAUUCAUACUGGUGAAAAACCUUAUGAAUGUAAGGAAUGUGGGAAGGCCUUUAGACUUAGGUCAGUGUUUAUUGCCCAUCAGAGAAUUCAUACAGGUCUGAAACCCUAUGAGUGUAAAGAAUGUGGGAAAGCCUUCACUGUGACUGGUCAGCUGACCCGACAUCAGAAAAUUCAUAAUCGUCAGAAGUCCUAUGAAUAUAAGGAAUGCGGGGGAAAAACCUUCCCUGGUUAUGAACAGCUUACUCAUCAUCAGAGAGUUCACAGUGGCAAGAAACCCUAUGAUAUAAAAGAAUGUGGGAAGACCUUCCAUCAUGGACUGAGAUUUGCUCAACAGCACAGUAUUCCUACUGGUGAGGAACUCCUUGAGUAUAAGUAAUGUGGAAGGAUUGACAGUCACAGCAAACACUUUAGAGUAGAGAAGACAUUCUGAUGAGGGAGUCUUUAAAUGUAAGAAAUACAGGGUGGCCGUCGUGUUCAUUGUUUACUAAUCAUGAAAGAUAUUUUACUACGUAUGUUAAUUUCAUGCAUUUAGAAAAGCCUUCAAACUCCAACUGGAGAAAAACUAUCCUUGGAACAAAUAUAAGCUACAUCUACCUGAGGCAUGUGCUUUAUUGCUAUUUCACUACCUAUGUGACAGACUAGGUGCCUCGCCUCUUUUUGCAUCAUUUAUAAAUGGCAAUGGUAGUGAGUACUAGUGCAAUUAUAGGAAUAAAUGUGUUACAGUACACAGAAAAUCCUUGAAAAAGUAUUUGGCACAUGCUUGUGCUCAUAAAGGAUAGCUUUUACAUUGUUCCAUUAGCAUUACUGUUACUGAGGACAGGAAAAGUGUAUUAUUGUGAAUCAUUUAGAAAAAUCUCAUCCAUUCACUAUUAAGUUUUAAAUAACUUCCGUAUAAAAUUUCAUGGGAGGUAAAGAACACGUGAGGAUUUUCAUUAAGAGCUCAUCCCUUAAGUUACAUCAGAAAGUUAAUUUUGGAAAGAAACCCUAUGGAUUUCGUGCGUGAGGAGAUAUUGAGAAAACAGCUGUUGAAGACUCAGGGAGAGUUUUUGAAGUGACUUGUCUAUAAAAGGCAACAGGCAGAAAAUGUAUAAUUUAUAUUCUCUGUCCAGAAGUUAAGAUAAAUUAAAUAUUAGUGAAAGAAUAGCAAACUAAAAGCUAUCCAUUUAUGUUAUCCAACUCUUUAUCAUGAAAAUUGCCACACAUAUGAAAAAGUUGAAAGAAUAAACACCCAUAUACCCCUUCUAGAUUCAGAGUUGUUAACAAUUUGACAUUUGUUUUUCUGUAUAUUUUAUGUUGUGCCAUUGAGAAUAUGUUUUAGACAUCAUGUACUUUACCCCUUAUUACAUCAGUAUGUAUCUCCCAAACAUAAAGACAAUCUCAUAUAUAGCCAUAGUACCAUAAUUACCCUUAAGGAAUUUAUCCAUAAUUCCAUAUUACCUAUCUUCAUUGGCCUCUAAAAUGCCUUUUUUAGGAGUUCAUCUUCUGAAUAGCAUGCAUUCCAGAUUAUGUAUUAUAUUUGGUUUUAAGCUCUCUUUAGUCUUUUUUAGUCUAGGAUAGUAACUCAAAUUUUCUGGAGUACCAGAAUCAUCUGUGACUCCUAGUAAAAAUACAGAGGUCCAGGCCCACUGAGCCUCUGUAUCUUUACUAGUUCUGCAGGGGAUUUUGGUAUGUGCUACAGAGAGUCACUGGUCUAGAAACUUUCUCCUUAAUUUUUAAAAAAAUUUUUUAGAAUGUUGACUUCAUGAGAAGUCCAGGAAAAUUGCCAUGUGUUUAGAUUUUCUGUUUCUAUAUGUCAUUUAGCUUUGUUCUGGCUUUUGUAUUUUCUGUACAAAGGAAAUUGGGUCUAGAGGCUGCAUUAGGUUCAGAUUAAAUGUUUUGAGGGGAAAAUACUUGGUAGGUUAUGUCUGUAUGUCGUAUUGCAACAUGUCAGAAAACAUGUAAGGACAGGUCAUUACUUUGUUAGUAAAACUAAAUUUGAUCAUUCGGGUAACAUGGUACCAGAUCUCCAUUGUAAAGAUCUUUGGAGAGACUGUCACCUCUUUGGAAAUUUAUACUCAUGUAUUUAAAUCCUAAAUCAAAUAGAAAAUAAAAAAUGAAAAUAGACAGUUCAGGAAUGAAUUGCAUUAAAAUGCAAACAUGAUUGAACUUGUAGAAUGUGCCUGAAGCUAUACUCUGUACAAAAUUAAUACUCUUCAGUGUAUACAAGGUUAUUUUGACCAGAACCUUAUUUUGUUGUUGUUCAGCACUUUAUCCCCAGCACCUUUAUUGCAUCUGGUACAUGAGAAAUUGAUAAACUUUGGGGGGGGGGGGAAUUGAGCCUGCAACUCAAGAAGCUGUAAAACAAGAGAAUAAACCUUAAGCCAAUACAAGGAAGCAACACUAAAAAUGGGAAUUAACAGUUGGGGAACAGAUUUCAUUUUUUACUUUUUUUUUUAAUUUUAUUUUUUAUUUUUUAAAAUCUAUAUCCAAAUUAGUUAGCAUAGAGUGAAACAAGGAUUUCAGGAGUAUAUUCCUUAAUGCCUCUUAGCCAUUUAGCCCAUCCCCCCUCCCAGAACCCCUCCAGCAACCCUCAGUUUGUUCUCCAUAUUUAUGAGUCUCUUCUGUUUUGUCCCUGUCCCUGUUUUUAUAUUAUUUUUGUUUCCAUUCCCUU